AUGGCGGGUCUCAACCAGUUACCUGUCGCGGCCGAUGGCAUGCCCGGUCGCAAACGCAAUGUCACCAUGGCGGGGAUCGACAGCUCGCCGGGAAGUAUGGAGGAUAUGGAUGACCACGAUGCGCGCGAGGAGAAGAGACGUCAGCCCGUGAAGCGCGCUUGCAAUGAAUGUCGCCAGCAAAAGCUUCGAUGCGAUGUUGUCCAAGAUCCCUGGACCGAUUGUUCGCGAUGUCGCCGACUAAAGCUCGACUGUAAAAUCGAAUCGAAUUUCAAACGUGUUGGGAAACGCAGUCGCAAUGCGGAAAUGGAGAGGGAAAUUCUCCAGCUGAGGAAGCAGAUCGCUACGGGUCAGCCUGUAUCGUCGCUCCCUCAACAACCGCUGGCUGCCGGCCAGCUUACUCCCAAGCAGGAGUCAAAUCAAGUCAGUCCUGCGGUGUAUCAAACUCCGUCGGCGAUGUCCGCGGAUCAGUACAUGGGUUCUCAGGAAGCGGUGGCAUCCUUGCUGGACUUACGCUCCGGUUUUGAUGGUGCCAGCUAUUUACGCAACGGAGGGCAAGUCAAGAGGAUCGAGGAUGUCAUGGUUGUUCCUGAGAAGGUGGUGGAACUGUUCAAUCUUUUCUUCACAUACUACCACCCAUUCCUCCCAUUCUUGGACCAGAAGCAGUCUCCGGAUGAAUAUUAUAAUUCUUCAUCACUGCUCUUCUGGACGAUCAUUAGUGUUGGUGCGCGACGAUACCAGGGCGAUUCGAACCUAUUGAAUUCUCUCGCCGGUCCAGUUACCCGACUAGUUUGGAGUACCCUGGCCGAUAUCCCUCAAAACUACCAUGUUGUGAAGGCUCUAUCUUUGCUCUGCUCAUGGCCAUUCCCCGUGAGCAGUACCUCAACCGAUCCAACAUUCAUGCUGUGCGGAAUGAUGAUACAGGUCGCUAUGCAGCUGGGUCUCCAUAGGCCUUCCCACACUCAGGACUUUAGCAAAUUCAGGGUGGAACUGAUCGAGGAAGAGCUAAAAGACAAGGUUCGAACGUGGGCUAUUUGUAACAUUGUUGCCCAGAGGGUAUCUACUGGUUACGGGCAGCCACCGUCCACUCUUUAUGAUUGGACAUUAUCCUCCAGUGAUGCACUUGACCCAAACUUCAAGCUCCCAGAAGAUAUGAGACCAAGACUGGAAAUCGAGAAGUUUUGUGACAGGAUUACUCGAGCGCUCUAUACGAAUCGAAAAGACCCUGUCGGAUUAACCAGUGACCAUGAACGGUCAACCAUGAUCUCGUUCCUAUCCCGAGAUUUCGAGGAGCUGGAAGAACACCUGAGAACGCAGAAUGAUUGUAUUACUGAUUUAUACCUCCGUGCUGCCAAUCUUCAUCUGCACUUGUCCGCUUUCUUUGAUGAGCCUACUGCAAAGGACUAUCGGGAGCGUGUUUUGUCUUUGUAUGUUGCGACGACAUCAUUCCUCGAGGUCGUCCUAAAUCUCGAGACUGGGGUCGGUCCGGUCAUCUCCUACACACCAUAUUAUAUCUAUCAAAUGAUGGUUGCUGCUGGAUGUACACUCCUGAAGCUGUGCAAGAGCUUUUUUGCCUCUCACAUCGACAUGGAUUACACCAAGCACCUAUUCAAUCGCACAAUCUGGGCCAUCCGCGGAGUAUCAGCAUCUAGUAACGAUCUGCCUGAACGCCUUGCAGAGGUGUUGGCCCAGAUGUGGAGAUUGGGAGGAGCAACCCAACGAUCCAACAAUAGCACCGACCUCGACGACUCCCUGCGGCUCAAAGUGCGUUGUCGUAUGAGCAUGUCCCUGCUUUUCGACUCCGUAUGGCGAUGGCGGGAGGAUGCACGAACAAAGGGUCGAAACAUCGAAGCCUAUUUGAAAAACCCAACAAACCCCGACUCCGCCGCCGAUUCGUCGGCCACCUCAUCCGUCGGGCCUGUACACACAUCAACAUCCACCCCUGGAAUCUCCGGUGGAGAUCCCAGCCUUGCCCCAGCACCCUUGCUAUCCCAGGCCAGUCUUGGAGUCCAGCCACCAUCCCAAGUCAAUGGGCUCCCAAGCGGCUUCAUGGAGCCUAAUUACGAAGUUUUCGAUCCGUUGAACUGGCUGCUUGACGGGUUGGUAGACUUACCCUAUUCCUACUCAACCAUGAAUGGAAUGGAAACCUCGGGCAUCGCAUAG